AUGUUGAGUUCAAUUCAUUUAAUCUACAAUGCAGUUCCAGGAUAUGGGCCACCAGAUGGAUGUCUCCCUUGCUCCGGAGUUUCAGGAGCAGCAGCGAGCUUAUCACCUAGCACUUCUCGCGGUGACCACAAAAUCAUUUUUGAUGUCAAGAUUUUAUCUUUGAAAUGUACUUCUAGGGGCAGAGCUUCUGCAUGCAAUGCAAGUUCUGAUAGGUAUAAAAGAAAUUCAGAUUUUUCAAGGCAAAACAAAAGUGGGUUCUCCCGCAGCAGGAACAGGUACAAUGAAGAGAGAGAUGGUUAUGAGAACCUUGAAGAAUCUGAAAUUAUUUCUUCAAAAAAUGGUCCAUUACUUUCUGUCUCCGGAAACCCAAAAUUUCAAGCGACUUCGACUCCAGGUCCUAGGGAAAAGGAAAUUGUCGAAUUAUUUCGAAAGGUCCAGGCUCGUCUUCGUGAAAGAACUGCAGUCAAGGAAGAGAAGAAAAUUGAGGAUUCGCAAGGAAAAAGCAAAGAGAGCGAGACUGUUGAUUCUCUUCUCAAGCUUUUAAGGAAACACUCAGUUCAGCAGGGGAAGAAAAACAGCAACAGUGCCAGCACUAGGGACUUUGUCCUUGACCAGCCUGAAGAGAUAAGUGCGUUUGCUGAAGACAGAAGCACAAGCAUCGUAGACUCUAACAGUGUGAAGCAAGAGAUGCAACAAAGCCAACCACAUGUUACCAGGCCAGCAUCUAACUUCCGUAAAAGGUCUCCAGUGCCUCAAGUCAAAUUCCAGCCCAUUUACUCAGACGAGGGCUCUAUUAAUUCUUUCUCACGUGGCAAUGUAGAUGGGAAAAGCAAGGAGAUGGCUGAACCUGAUGUAGAGCCAAUUUUUUCAGAAGGGGACGUGUUCGAUCAGAUAUCGGAAGACGAAACUUCUGAAAUUUUUGAAAGCGACAAUGAUGUUGCGGAAGAAGAGAACCCGAUCAUAGCCAGUCUAAGUGGAAUGAAGCUCUCCGAGUUGAGAGCUCUUGCGAAAUCUCGUGGUCUGAAAGGAUUCUCAAAGAUGAAAAAACAAGAGCUCAUUGAGUUGCUAAGUGGAGGCUCAAUCUGA